GUGCCCUACUAAGCUUGUUCUGACCAUCCGCCAUGUCCUCCACCGAAGACUACGACAAGCUCCCGAAGGAAGAGAGAGAGGCUCGCGAGAAGGCGGAUCGCGCUCGAGAAGCUUCGGAACAAGCUGCGUUGCCCUACUCGUGGACGCAGCAGCUCUUUGAUGUCGAUAUCACGGUCCCUGUGCCAAAGGGCACUCGCGCGCGCGAUUUGAGCGUUGUGAUCCAGAAGAAGAAGCUCAGCGUAGGCCUCAAGGGCAAGGAGCCCAUCUUGACCGGGGAGUUGUGCAAGGACAUCAAGGUCGAUGAAAGUACCUGGACGCUCGAGGACCAGGAGAGCGUGCUCAUCCACCUCGAAAAGCUGAACAAGCAGCAAUGGUGGGAGAACGUGUUAACCCAUCACCCUAAGAUCGACACUACCAAGAUCGAGCCGGAGAACAGCAAGCUAAGCGAUCUCGACGGAGAGACCAGGGGGAUGGUCGAGAAGAUGAUGUUUGACAAUCAGCAGAAGCAAAUGGGCAAGCCUACGUCGGACGAGCUCAAGAAGAUGGAGGCUCUCAAGAACUUCCAAGCUGCUCACCCUGAGCUCGACUUCUCGCAGGCGAAGAUCUCAUGAGACGGACGUUCAGCCAGUAGAUCGUCUGUAUAACACUGUAACAGCAAUGUAUCAUUCCUGUAC